CUACCUCUUUUGACCUGCGAUCGCCUUCUCUCCUCCAUCACACAACUCACUCAUCGACGACAUAACGCAAUCAUGGCCUUCAUGCUCCGGCGACCGUUCGCCGUCGCAGGCGCCCUCGCCAAAGAACUGCCCAAGACCGCACCGAAAUCCGCCUUUCGCAGCUUCCAAACCCAAGCGCAAGCACCCAUCAAACAACACUCCAUCCUCAAGCAAUCUACACCUCUACGCAGCGCAUUCGGAUCCAGCCAACAAAAUGCCUUCCGCCAGACCUUCCGCCAAUCCUCGCGAGGCUACCAAACGCAAGCACCCGCCAAUCCUCUCGCGCAAGGCAACAUCACCCAACGCCUCAUCUACGGCGGAGCCAUCUUCGGCGGCACUUUAGUCGCCAUCAACUUCAUGUUCAAUCGCGAGACCCGGGAAGAUGGCGGCAUGCCUCCUUUCGAACGAAGCUACUUGAACGACACAUUCAUGCACACCGGCCUCGGAAUCGGAAUCAUCGGCGUGGCAGCAAGAGCUUUGCAUAUGAGCGGGUGGUCAUAUAGGCUCAUGUCCGCGAACCCGUGGUUGGUGCUCGGUAUUGGUCUUGUGGGAUCGAUCGGAACGAUGAUGGGAUGCAGAGCGACGAGUCCGGAUAACUACGUUGUCAAGUAUGGGCUCUGGGCGGGCUUCAACUUGACGCAAGCUGCGCUGCUUUCGCCGAUGUUGUUCUUUCAUCCUGCGAUUUUGGCAAGAGCCGGGCUGUAUACAGUGGGAAUGAUGGGCUCGAUUGCGUUUGUGGGCGCGACGGCCAAGCAGGAGAAGUAUCUGUAUAUUGGUGGACCACUGUUGGCUGGUGUUGCGAUUGUGGCGCUGAGUGGAUUGGCGCCGCUGGUGCUGCCUGUCACUGCUACGAGGACGCUUAUGCUUACUGAGAAGUUGUGGUUGUAUGGAGGUCUCGCCGUCUUUGGCGGUUUCACGCUUUACGACACCCAGAAGAUCCUCGCACAUGCUCGGAUGGCCGAGCGUGGAGCGUUCCGCCGCGACGCCGUCAACGAGUCCAUCUCGCUUGAACUCGACUUCAUCAACAUCUUCGUCCGCAUGGUCCAGAUCCUGGCGAUGCAACAGGGACGAAGGAAGUAAGCGGGUUCCGAGGCUGCGAGAGAAGACUUUGUGAUAUUAGCGGCAUGACGAAACGACACUGGAG